GUGACGAUUGCUAUAAUGGUCAGGUCUGACGCUCUCCGUUUCCUCUGUCUCUGUCGAGCUAGCAGCAGCCAUGAGCAUGCUCAGGCUCCAGAAGCGCUUGGCCUCCAGCGUCUUGCGCUGUGGCAAGAAGAAGGUGUGGCUGGACCCAAACGAGACAAAUGAGAUUGCCAAUGCAAACUCUCGCCAGCAGAUCAGGAAACUAGUAAAAGAUGGCUUGAUCAUCAGGAAACCUGUGACGGUCCAUUCCCGCGCUCGUUGUCGCAAAAACACACUGGCACGCCGCAAGGGACGUCACAUGGGUUAUGGUAAGAGAAAGGGUACAGCCAAUGCUCGUAUGCCAGAAAAGCUGAUAUGGAUGCGCCGCAUGAGAAUCCUGCGUCGUCUUCUUCGUCGCUAUAGGGAGUCCAAGAAAAUUGACAGGCACAUGUACCACAGUCUCUACCUGAAGGCCAAGGGUAACGUCUUUAAGAACAAACGCAUCCUGAUGGAGCACAUCCACAAACUGAAGGCAGACAAAGCUCGCAAGAAGCUUCUGUCUGACCAGGCUGAGGCUCGGCGCUCAAAGACAAAGGAGGCUCGUAAACGCAGAGAAGAACGUCUCCUGGCCAAAAAAGAAGAGAUGAUCAAGAACUUGUCAAAGGAGGAGGAAACUGCAAAGAAGUGAAUUUAACUUGAUUUAUUUUUCUUCUCAGAUUUUCCCUUUGAUUGUUUAAUAAAUUUGGGUAAAAGUGA